CGAACGAUGUGGGGCAUCGUCUAUGGCUGUCUCCUAACCGUGUUUGCUUGCAUUUGGACGGCGGUACACCCAGAUCUACCAAAGCAUUUUGAUCAUAUCAAUACCGGGAUGCCCAAAUCACGCAUUACCUUGAUGAUAGUUUCACUGGUUUCACCGGAGAUCAUUCUGGCGUUUGCAUGGCACCAAUUCUUGUUGUCUCGGAGAAUGUCAAAAAAAUACAAGAUAGUUGAAGGGUGGACCUUGACGCAUUCAUACUUUGUCGUCAUGGAUGGUUUCCUCGACUCGUCAACAGGAAAAGUGGUGGACCUGAACGACCUGCAGCGAUACCCCGGCAUAAUCGAGAAGACCGGGAAUACUAGAAAGGCCGCAAUAACAAAGAAAGAAAUUCUUGACAGAAGCAAAAGCGAUGCGGUUUCGAAAUUUAUCAGUGUCCUUCAACUACUAUGGUUUAUCACUCAAUAUGUCGGACGAUGGGCAGGCCAUUUGCGCAGAUCACAACUCGAGACAAUGACGCUGGCGUAUGCGGCAUUAUGCGUCUUUGUUUACGUGUUGUGGUGGCAUAAACCCGUUAACAUUCAAUUCCCAAUCCAUGUGACGCGAGAGUCCCC